UCAUGCAAUAUAUAAAUACAAUGCAUUUUCUACAUUUUAAUGAAUUUUUAUUUAUAAGUUAAUUUAGUUCAAUCAAAAGCAUUGCCGAUCGCAGAAAAAAAAUCGCAUUUAUAUUAUAUAUACAUAUUUUACUUCUCGAAGACAAAACAGGAUCUAUGCAAUUUAUCCCUGAUAUCAGUUUCUACCAAGAUUUUUUAUUCAUCUGUGAUAUCUCUCGUCGGAUUCUCUAUUCAAUUCUAAAGACAAAUAUUACGGAAAAUAUAACGGCGAUGGACGACAAGUGUAUCCCUUCGGCUGAAGAAAUGCUUGUCGCCACGAACGAUUCGCCUCGAUAUUCAGAGUCGCCAAAUAGCAAAAUUCUCAAAUGUUACUCGGAAAAAUGCAGUAAUGUGCAAAACGAAGAAAGUGUACAAAACCUGAUCGAUCAUGAGAAUAUAUCCAUGAUUUGCAUCCAGACGUCGGAUGAGGACGACGCAUCUAGACGUCUGGAAAACCAAUUUCAACUUGUGACAGAUCUAGACUCGUCCAUCGAUCGUGAAAAAGAGUCUGCGUAUUGUAUUUCUGCUAUAAAAAUUUAAAUAUCGGAAAGAAUAUUUUCGAUUUUUUUUAUAAAUUACAAUCGACUUUUUCUUAGCUAAAGUCGCGUUUUGUCAAUAUGGAAAAAAACUUGCGGACUAAAAAUAUUCAAGCGAAAAUGCAAAAUGCGAUACCGGAAUUUUAGUUGUUAAACUUUCUUCGCAAUUUUCAUGUAAAAUUAUUAUUUCACAGAGCUAUUCUUCACGAACGCGCUCGGAAACUCUGCUCAGAGAUGACGGGUCUUCGGGAAAAACUGAACAAAGAGUUGGCUCUUUGGAAAAAAGAGAAGGAGGAGUUUCAGCUUUUACGUGAAAGAAACGAUGUCCUCGCAUUCGAGGAGGCAACUGCAGCGGCGAGAGCUGCAGCCGCAGCUUAUGCCAUCGAGUCACCGCUUUCAAAUGAUUUAAGUAGCAUUGUGGACACUACAUCGGAGCAUAACAUCACGGAUCUCGCGAUACUCGAGUACGAGAAAAAUCUCGCCAAGUAUCAAGAUCCGCAUUCUUUGGAGCAAGCCGAGCAACGUUACAAUUUGUACAAGCGUGCACUCGCCGACGCUUACAAGCAGAAAUUGUCGGAGGUCGAACGUCUCUGCAACGAGGAAAUGGAAAAUAUACGCCGAAGCGCGAUGCUGCAGCCGUUUAAAGAGAUCGCGUCGCAAUGGUCCAGCGAUGAGAACGAUCACGGUGACAUGCAACGCGGCUGCAAUGAACAAUUCAACGUGGAACAAUUUAAAGUCGUCGAAACAAAUUUCAGCAACGAUUGGUGUGCGUAUGGAAAAAUCGACAACGAAGUCAACAUGGCUCCAGAAAUUUUAUCCUCUCGAUUUAAGCGAGAGGAGACGAAAACGUAAACAAUUUCUGUAGGCACAAUCGUAUUCAGAUUCGUAUAAAUUUUGGCUCGCUGUCCGGAGUUUUUCUACAAACGUGUAUUUUGCAAUACUCGUUCAAUAGUGUGCAAUAUAAAUAAUUGUUAUAUACUUUUUUACUUUUUAUCUUUGCAAAAUGAAAACAAAAUCUGGAUGUA